CAUAGACCUACAUCAAACAGUGUACCAAUAGUCGACCUAUGAUCUCUUAAUUCUCUUUUACGUACGAAAAACAACAACAACAUGCAGACUUUGUGAUAGGGCGUAUGGUGAUUGGGUUAUAGGGCACACCGUUUAUCAAAAAUAAAUCAGUUAAACCGAAAAGAAAAAUGGCUUCCCGACUGUUGCAGCUCGGUAAAUUGAACCAAACUCCGCGAGGUUUCUCCGCCAAUACUUCACUGGCUCGAUGUAUCUCGUGUAGCAGGGGAACAUGGAACACCAAAGAACCAGAAACAUCAGGUGAUAUCAAGAAAAGAUGGAAGGACAAAGCAGAGACAGUCAUCAUCGGGGGCGGGGCCGUUGGCGUAGGGACAGCGUACAACCUGGCCAAGGCUGGUAUGAAGGAUGUCGUGCUCCUAGAAAAGAGUGAGCUUACUGCUGGUUCAACAUGGCAUGCUGCUGGUUUGACGACGUAUUUCCAUCCUGGUAUCAAUGUGAAGAAUGUCCAUUACAGGAGUCUCAAGAUGUUUGACCAGUUAGAAGAGGAGACUGGACAGGCUGUUGGAUUCCACAAACCAGGAAGUAUUAGGUUGCUGUCGACCCCAACAAGAAUGGAUGAGGCUAAAUACCAAAUGGCUAGACAAGGAUGGAACAAAGCUUAUCAGAAACUUCUUACUCCAGAAGAGGUUCAAGAGUUGUGCCCAAUCAUUAACUUGGAUGGUGUUCUCGGUGGUAUCCACACAACAGGGGACGGUCACAUUGACCCGUACUCCUUGACCCAAGCCUUGGCUAUAGGAGCUCGUAAGUACGGAGCUGACAUCUACAUGCCUGCACCUGUGAUUGGUAUGAAGCAACGUAAUGAUGGCACGUGGGAUGUCGUUACCAACGAAGGAACGAUCCAUGCUCAGAGAGUCGUCAAUGCCACAGGCUUCUGGGCCAAGGAGGUGUUCCAGAUGAUCGGUAGGGAUAUCCCCAUGAUCUCGGCUCACCAUCAAUACAUGGUGACCUCUACCAUCCCAGAGGUCAAAGCUCUCAAGACUGAGUUCCCAGUAAUGAGAGACCUGGAGGGAUCCUACUACCUCCGUAUGGAGCGGGACGGGCUCCUGUGUGGACCCUACGAGAAACAGCACAAGAUGAAGCUCCAAAACGAGUGGGCAGAAAAUGGAGUGCCUCCAGGUUUUGGUAAGGAGUUGUUUGAGAGUGAUCUGGAUAGGAUUCAGGAUCAUCUUGAGAUCGCUAUGGCUCGGUUCCCCUGCCUUGCUGAGGGUAACAUCCAGAGUGUGGUGAGUGGACCUAUAACAUACACCCCGGAUCUAAUGCCCAUGGUAGGUCCAGUACGAGGUCUGCAUAACUACUGGUCCGCUUGUGGCUUCAGCUAUGGCAUCAUUCACUCCGCUGGCAUCGGAGAGUAUCUGAAGGAUUGGAUCAUGGAUGGGGAACCCCCCUAUGACCUCAUUGAGAUGGACGCUGAUCGCUAUGGUGAUUGGUGCGACUAUGACUACCAAAAGGUUAAGAUCAGCGAGUCGUACGGCUUCAAUAAUGCCAUAGGCUGGCCUCAUGAGGAGCGCUUUGGUGGUAGACCAACCAAGAGAGUGUCGGGUGCCUAUCAGCAGAUGAAGGAUAGAGGUGCAGAUUAUGGCUUUCAUUCAGGAUGGGAGCAGCCUCAUUGGUUUGCUCUAGAAGGAGAUGAGGCUGGGUACAAGCCUAGUUUCCACAGGACCAACUGGCAUGGACCCGUAGGGAGAGAAUACGAGACAGUGAUGAACAAAGCUGGUAUCAUUGAUCUAACCCCAUUCGCUAAGUUUGUUGUCAAGGGACCUGAUGCAACUCAAUUGAUGGAUGUCCUCCUGGCUAACAAGCUUCCCGCUGCUAUUGGAGGAUGUAGUGUAGGGCAUAUGCUGACACCCAAGGGCAAAGUGUAUGCAGAGCUUACAAUCACCAAGACAGCAGACAAUGAGUACUUCUGUAUAACAGGAGCAGGCUCUGAGAUACACGAUCUCAGGUGGAUUGAGCAGAAGGCUUUCGAGAUGAAACUGGAUGUGAAAUGCUCUAACGUCACAGAGGAGCAGGGUGUCCUAGGUCUGGCUGGACCCCAAUCCCGAGACAUCAUGGCCGCUCUGACAGACUCUGAUGUUAGCGAAGAAGGUUUCAAGUUCAUGAGAGCUAAGGAUAUAGUGCUAGGAGGUGUCAAGUGUUACGCCAUUAGGAUUACAUACUCAGGUGAGCUUGGCUGGGAGUUGUAUCAUGCCCGAUCCGAUUCAGCUAAACUAUAUGAAGCGUUGCUGAAGGCUGGUGAGCCGCAUGGUGUAUGUGACUUUGGUCUCUAUACGAUGAAUGUACUCAGAAUUGAAAAGGGAUUCCGUGGAUGGGGAUCAGAGAUGUUAACAGACAACAAUCCUCUAGAGGCUGGUCUAUCUCCAUUCAUCAAACUCAAGAAGCCAGCUGCAUUCAUUGGUAAGGAUGCGGUGCAGAAGAUCAAGGAUGAUGGUUUGAAGAGGAAGGUCACUCUCCUCAAGGUCGAUGCUGAAGAUGUGGAUCCAGAGGGGAAUGAAACAAUCUGGGUAGAUGGCAAGGUUGUUGGUAACACUACCUCAGGAUGUUUCAGCUAUCACCUGAAUCAACCCAUCGCAUACGCAUACCUCCCCAUGGACCUCCAGGAGAUUGGGUCAAAGGUUGAAGUUGAGCUGCUUGGCAACAAAUGGCCUGCAACGGUCAUCCAAGAGCCUUUAGUCUUGACCGAGCCUGCCAGAAGGAAACAAGAGAAGAAGCAACGCGCAAGUUGAUUCUGCUGAAAUAGUAGCAAUCAAAAAUAGGACUAUUUCUAUCAAUGAUAAGUGAAGUGUGUUGAUUUUUUUUUUAAUUUCGAUCCAACCAGGCCUGCCUUACUUAUAAUGUAGAGGAAGCAGCAAAUGAACAAUUAUUAUUAAUUACAAUGUCGAGAUGAUAUGCAGUAUUACUUGAAGUUCUUUUCUGAAAAUAUUCAUUUCUGUGUUGAACAAAAAAAAAACACACCAACCAUAAGAAUUUUAUUUUUGCAAGAAUGUGAUAUGUGAGCAGUUUACUUGCUCACUUUAUAUUUUACAUCAGUUUUAUAUUCUUGUCAUAGCACUUCUUGUAUGUUCUUUGGAUAGAAUUAUUUUUUCUCAAAAUAGAGAAGCCAUGUUAUAGUGGACCAAUAUGUGUCAUUCUAUGUUCAGAAUGUGAGCAUCAAAUAUUACUUCUGCGAGGAGUUAUUGCAAGUUCAAAUACACAAUAAACUUAAAAGUCAUCGGUGAAUAGACUAUCUGAUGCAUCUGUACAUGCUCUCAUUAGAAUAGGGCACUCACAGAAUCGUAUUAGACUAUGCAAAUCUAAAUAUAUGGAAAUAUAUUAUUUCCAAAGUUUAUUUUCCAAGUUCUUUUGCAUUUCUUUCAUUGUGUCCAUGGCUCAGCUCCACAGUAGAAUAUUACUUUGAUAAAUCAUUACAUUCCAUCCAGAUCUUUACACUCGCAAAGCUCUAGAUUUCUUGUUCUUCCACUGCUCAAUACUAACUAGCUGUGGAAUGCUCAUCUUUGAGAGAUUCGUAGUAGCAGAUCAGCUGAAGUGUGUAAAAGAGUCUUGAAACAUAUCUGUUUGAUUUGGCAUGUAAUCAAUUGUUCUGUCAUUUUUGUAUGUUCUUUCUUAUAUUCUUUUUAUAAUGCAAAUGCUUUUAUGUGAUCUCUCUCAUUUUUUUUUUCUUUCUUGUUUCAAAAGGGCGCCUUGAGCAUUUGAUUUCAAGUGGAUUCGGCGCCAUAUAAAUUUCAUAUAUAUUAUUAUUAUUAUUGUUAUUUGAGAAUGAGAUAAUUAAGCAUACUUUUGUAAUGCUGCAGUUUGUACUACAGUUACCUCAUAAUACUCUUCAAGUCAAAGACAAUCAUGUGUAGUAUUGAUUCUAUGUGCACUGCACCACUGUAUAGUUUACAAAAGAGAAACUUAAUCAGUAUUUACCUUUCUUUUUUUCAUGUCGUUUGACUGCCAAGAUCUAUUGAUAUCUGUGGGAAAAAAUGUAAUUUGUAUAUUUAAGAUAAUUCAUAAGUAUAAGUUUCCUUCAUAUCCUAUUACUAUCCAAUUUCCUUGUAGCUGAUUUCUUGAAUUCCAUUCCCCUUUAUUGUAUACAAUCAUUUUUUGUUUUCUUCCUUCCCCGUAUCAAGUGCGUAUUAUGUUUCUUAAAGUUACAAGCUUCCUUCUUGUAAUAUUUUUCUUUGUUCUUUGAAAAUCCUAACGAUUUGUUAUAUGUUUCUCUUUGUAGUUGUAUUUUGGAGCACGAUUGGUAGAUUUGGGUAAAUAUGCUUGGUUAACAAUGCUGAUCCAUUCUAUAUUUAAGCCAAAUCUUUUAUUGUCCAAAAUGUCAUGAAAAACUCAACAUCACUGCCUAUACUAGUGUAAUGAUAAUAUAAUAAAAUACUCAUAGAUCUUAUUUUUUUUGUCAUUUUUUUAAACUGGAAUUUUAAUACAUUUGUUUAAAUUCUGAUGUAUACAACUCACAAUAUUAAUGUUUACCUCUUAAAUCUCAUUGGACAAUUAUCAAUCUCAAGGAAUGCUUCUGCAAUAGAGUACCGGUACCAUCAUUUCUUGUUCUUAACUUUUUAGUUCCCCUUCUCUUUUUUGAUAGGAGGUCUUACACAUGUACUUGUAUGUAUCUCUGGUUACCCUUUGAACGUAUCUUUGAACAACCAAGUUUUUUUAACCGUUGUUUUGUCUUUAGUAUACUAAUAUCACCAGUCAUUUUACCUUGGGUAUUAAGGCUGGUUUUAAUAGUUUGGUCUAAAUACAUGUGGAACACAUUUUUAAGUGCUUUUUAAUAAUGGCAAGUAAAAAGUGAUGUGAAGUACCUAAUGUAUUGGAUCUUAAAAGAAUGUUCCAUGGAAUUAACUAUCACAAUUUCGGCUUCCCGGUAUGUAUUUUAGGUAGAAAGACCAGAUCUGCUAGUUUGUAUAAAAGAUUGAUAAAAAGGUAUCUGUGGUAUUGUAAGGAAUAAUCUAGUUCUUCCAUAACAUCCCCUGCAGUAGUACUCUGGGGAGUGGUGAAUUACAUGUAUGUACUACUAUGAAUGGUUUUUAAUUGAUAGGAAAAAAAAUCAUUUUAUGUGAUUAUAACAUUGAAAAAUCAGGAGAAUAUUAAACCACCUUCAGCCAAAUAAAAGAAUGCAAUUUUUGAACAUUUUAUCAAUGAAAAUCGUGUCCUAAUUCAUAUCUACCUAUCUACCUGCAUUAAUGUAUGCCAGUAGAUGACAAACAUUUGAUUUUUUAUCAAUAAAGAAAUCAAUAAAAUAACAUUUAUGUUUGUACAACUCGA